AUGAGCUUCCCGGAAAUUAGAGUAGGUAGAGCGAGCAACAAGAGUAUCAAGAGGGGACAACAGCCCAGCGUGAAGAUAAGAGAGAAAGCCACAGCGAAGGGAAAGAGGGAAAUCAAACAUGCUACCAGCUUUGCGACUGUCCUUCCGAACCCGGAUUUUGAGUUUCAUCCUUCCGACCAGUCAACCCACCCAGAAAAGCGCCUGAAUAAAAGUGAAAAGCGAGAAUAA